AAUCAUUCUAGGUUUAACUCAGUGUUGCAUAUAUAUGUUUCCUUCUCCGCCGUCGUCGCCUUUCUGUUCUCUCGACGUUCUUCAAGCCCUAAGGUAAGAGUACAUCACAGACAAAGAGAAGAUGUCUGAGAAAAAGGGAAGGAAAGAGGAAGUGGUGACCAGAGAGUACACCAUCAACCUCCACAGACGCCUCCACAGCUGCACCUUUAAGAAGAAGGCACCAAAGGCCAUCAAGGAGAUCAGGAAGUUUGCCGAGAAAGCCAUGGGGACAAAGGACGUUAGGGUGGACGUGAAGUUGAACAAGCAGAUAUGGAGCAAAGGAAUCAGAGGUCCUCCAAGAAGGAUUAGGGUCCGUGUUGCGCGCAAGAGAAACGACGACGAAGACGCAAAGGAAGAGUUUUUCUCACUCGUGACUGUUGCUGAGAUCCCUGCUGAAGGACUCAGUGGACUUGGCACUAAGGUCAUCGAUGAGGAGGAUUGAGAAGGGACUAGUCCUGUCAUUUAGACAAGUUUUGUGGGUUUUUAAAAAAAUUUCUUGUUGUUUUCGUUCAAAAAAAAUCUUCGGUAUUUUCUUUGUAGUAUGACUUCGCAAUGCCUAAUGCAGUUUAUUGGAAAGACCUUGAGAUGAA